AUGGCUGACAUAGCACUACUAGUGGUGGAGGAAUACGAGCGGAGGGUGAGGCUAACGUCGGAGAAAGCGUCACACUCGGCGGAGGUCGGAGGAUGGAAUGAUUUUCCGGCGAAGAUGAAGAUGUUUGGGAGUGAGGUGAAGAAGAUUGAGAGUUUGAAGAGGAAGUUUGAAGCCAAAUCUCAGUUUGCUCUUGCCGUCUCUAACGGUUUCUUUUCUGCUUAA